UUCUCAUACAGAUACUCACAAUUUACAAAAACCCAAAGAAUUCUCUUAAUAAAAUUAGGGUUUUGGAGCUUCUAAGCCCCCAAUUGUUCUGAUUAAAUUAGGGUUUUCACAAAUUCAUUUCAUUUUCAGGCGCCCAUUGCCUGAUUAUGCACUGAUCACAUAGCCACAACACAGUCAUCUCCAAACCGGCGAAUUUUUCGGUUGUUUUUUUGUGUUGGCUUCUUGAUGGGUCGAAGAAAAGGUUCGAAAAACCGUAAGCGGCAAUGGAGAGUCGGUGAUCCUGUGCUUGCCAAACUUACGGGCUUUCCGUCUUGGCCUGCGAAGGUUGAGGCGCCGGAGAAGUAUGGUUUUCCAGUGGACUCUAAAAAGGUGUUGGUGCUUUUCUUCGGCACCCAGCAAAUUGCAUUCAUUAAUCCAGUUGAUGUUGAAGCGUAUUCGGAAGAAAAGAAGAAUUAUCUUAUAGUGAAUCGUCAUUCUGGAGGUUCUGAUUUUCAUCGUGCAGUACUUGAGAUUAUUGCCUACUCUAUGAAGUCAAGAAAUGAAGACAAAGCUGCAGAUAAACAAGACCCUUUCCGUAUUAAGGAAGCGGUGCCAUCUGAGGAUCCUCUUUGUAAUGUCAAUGCAAAAGAGAUGUUCCUGCCGACAGGGGAAGAUAAUAAAGUUGCAGAAGAACCGAAACUAUUCACGGAGAAACGGUUGAUGUCUAAUCGACGGUCAAGAAAUUCAUCUCAGGUGAAUUCCUACAAACUUCGGAACUCUAUACUGCCGUCUAGCAAGAUUAUAGAAGGUGGAGGUAUUGGAGGCCGGUAUGGGAUGCGGAGUCCCUCGUGUAGGAGGAGGCGAACUAAGAAAUCACCAGAUGUAUCUAAACUUAAAGAUGUUGAUUCACCUGCUUCUGCUUUUUGUGGAAAUUAUGAAAAAAAUGAUUUAGAAAUUGGCACAGUUGGCUCUGGUUCUCUUAGUUUCAAUGAUGGGAGCACUAUGGUGUCUGGUUAUGGACUGACGCAGACAGAAUCUGCUGUUAAAUGUACUGAGGGAGAUACUGAGCUUAUUAAUAAGCUUGACUUGCCGUCCAGUGCAGUUAUUGUUAAGAAAAAAAGAAAGCCUAUCAGAAAACGAGCUAACAGUGGUACUAAUGAACUUACUGGACUUGAGAAAGAGCCAGCAUCAGAGAUUGAAGAGCAUAAAGCCUGUCAGACUCCACCUAGUAGUAACAAGGAUUGGGAUGUGGAUUACAUUAAUGAUGACGGAGAUGAGCAUUUGCCAUUGCUCAAAAGAGCUAGGGUCCGAAUGGGUCUAUUAUCAUCUGAAGUGGAGGAAUCAGAUUCCCCAGUCCAUCCAGAGAAAUCUUCUGAAGUUUCCUCGGUCCAUCCUGAGAAAUCUUCUGAAGUUUCAUUUUGUCGGAUGAUGCCACUAAAGGCCCCCUUGGACUCUGAGGAAGAUAGUCCUUUUGAUAGAUUUCGAUCUCGCGGUACGGAGGAGGUGGAUAAUUCAUCGUUGGCCAACAAAUUUCCUGUAAACAAGCCACCACAUCAGGGGUUCAGUCCAAUUUUAGGGCGUCCAGUAGAUGUUGAAGCUGCUUUACCUCCAUCAAAACGCAUCCUGCGUGCAUUAGAGGCAAUGUCAGCCAAUGUUGCUGAAGAUGUUCAAGGUACUUCUAAAGGACCAGCCUCUAUGAGGACAUUCGUGAAUGCAUCUUGUUCUUCAGCUUUAAGUGAUAGCUACAACAUGUCUCCUGCUAACAAAUCAGAGCAUGAUACUAUGUUGCAUAACAUAGACUACUGUGGCAGAAUUUCUUCUCAGGAUGACAUCUUGGGGUGCUCUGCUGAUUCAAUCUCAUUAGAAGCUGACAAACAUCCUGCAUCUCAUGCUGAAGUUGCAGCUUGUAAUAUUUCUCUGAGUAGUAAUCACAUCCCAAAACGUACAUCCUGUGGUACAGCACUUGCUGUGGAUUCUGCUGACUUCUCUGACUGCAAGGAUCCUGGUGUAUCAUCUUUUAGCAAGAACCUUCGUGAACCUAAUGUAAUCUCUCAGAAGCCACCUUCGGUCGCUGUCUUUGACGGAGGACUGAUAAGCCACAAAGGCAAGCAAGAGGAUCUUUUGCAGCACUCUGUCGGUAACUACCAAAUUACAAACUUGGAGGUGGAAAAUUAUUUUGAAGAGAAUGAUCUGGCAGAAAUAUCAACAAAGAAAUCAGAUCUUGUUCUAGCCAGUGUAGGGAUUAUCCAUUGUUCUACACAUGAUGAUUCAGAUCCGUUGCUAUGCAAUUUACGGAGUAAUUGUGCCACUACCAAUCUGUCAAACCUUGAUAAAGAUAAAGAUGACAAUAAUGAUGGAAGGUUUGUCUUGAAAAAAGAAACUAUUGUGAAGGAUUUCGAAGUAGUCCCAUCUUCAACUAAGGAGGCCAGUCCUACUUCAUUGCAGGAUGUUCCACAUCUACUUCGGUCUAGUUCGUAUCCAGAAGAUCAUGUAAGCUGCAAAGAAGUGUCAGGUGUCCGUUCAUCUCCACCUUCGAAUGGUGGGUCAGACACUCCACUAGUGCCUCUUGAUAAUACAUCAGCUUGCAACGUGUCCGCCUCAGAAAAUAUUGUGUUAUAUUCAAAUAAUGGCUGUUCUAGUCUUGAUGUACCCUCACCACAUGAGAAAUUAAAACAUGCUGGAAAAGACGAUGUACAAGCCAGUGCUGUUCUGGAAUCCUUUAAAUUGGUUCUUAGAUUUCUGAAAAGGACAAUAGAUGGGAUUGGUUGUGCGACACGAAUUGCCAUUAAAUGUGGAAAACUUGGUAUUGCUUCUGAGGUGGUUGAAGUACUUGCAUAUAGUUUGGAGAGGGAACCCAGUCUACCCAAAAGAGUGGACUUGUUUUUCCUUGUGGAUUCUAUUUUGCAGUGCUCGCAAGGCAUGAAAGGUGAAAUUGGUGGGCUGUAUACAUCUGCAAUUCAAGCACAGCUACCACGUUUACUGUUAGCUGCUGCUCCUCCUGGAAGCAACGGUCAGGAAAACCGCAGAGAGUGCCUAAAGGUAUUGAGGCUUUGGCAAGAAAGAAGGGUCCUUUCAGAAUCGGUCAUUCUCUCCUAUAUUCAAGAUCUUGAUUCUGCCAGUAAUCCUGCUUCUGGUGACCCAAAUUGUCCCCGCCUCAAAAGAAAUGAGCGGGCCUUUGAUGAUCCUCUCAGAAAAGUUGAGGGCAUCAUAGAUGAGUAUGGAAGCAAUUCAAGUUUUGAGAGGCCAAAAGAUGAAGAUGGAGGGAAUGAUUCUGAUAUGGAGAAUUUUGAGGCUGUUACCCCCGAACAUAAUUCUGAAAAGCCUGAAGGACCGAUACCAAUAUCUCUAAAUGGGAAGCGUAGUUGCAUAUUGGACGCUGUUGAUGGCGAAGUUGAAAUGGAAGAUGUGGCACCUUGUGAAGCUGAGUUGCAUAGUACGGGCAAUGUUCAAGUUCAUGUUUCUGAGAACCGGUUUGAACAGAACUCUCCUGUUAUUCCUCUUCCGCUGCCCAAGAAUGUCACACCCUUGUCUCUUCCUCGGGUAGCGCCUCCGCCCGUGCUGCCACCGCCCUUUUCUGUACUGAGAAAUCCAGUUGCCACAACAAAUGAUGGUAAACAACUAGUUACUGCUCCGUGUUCUAUUGCACGAAGGGUUGAUCCUACAAGUGUUGAUGGGUGUCGUUAUCAUGCUCCUGAUAAUGGAGAUCUUCGGAUGUCAAUGCAAAUACCUGAAACUGCCAAAACUGGCUCUUUUGGCAGUGUGCCUGUUCCUCAUUCACCAUUUCGGCCAUUUAAUAGUUCUCCACAGGUAGAUAAUGCUCUAUCCCGCAAAAAGGCUUCUCAUUUAAAGCCACAUGUAGCUGAGUCUGUUAAUAGUCGCCCUUCUGGUGUCGUACCUGUCUCUCGUCUGCCGAUUCAGCCUGUGAACAGUGCUCCACAAGUAAAUGGGACCGUCUCUCAGAAGAAGGCAUUUAAUUUAAGGCCACCUCAACCUGCUACAUCAAAUCAGUUUUCUUAUCUGAGAGCAGAUCAGCGAAAAGUAGAUCAUCGAAUACCGACAAGGGAUAUCCCAUCCCAAUCCUAUUCUAACAGGUCCCAUCUUCUACAGAAUAGAGAUAGAGAGAACUCUUAUGGUGUUCAUGACAGAUAUGGAGCAGGCCUACAUAAUGUUGGCAAUAACUGGAGGGGCACACAGCCUUAUUUUCCUGGUGUAAACUAUUAUGAUAAGAGAAGGCUUCCACAUCCAUAUGGCAUUUAUGGUGGUUUAUCGCGGGAGCCGCUCCUUCCCAGUCGUAGCUGGGUUUUUCCUCCCAGUCCUAUAAAUCAUAGAGGAGCCAUGCUUCGUAGACAACCAUUGGGUAGUACUACCCCGGUGACAAGUAGAGAAAACAAAAUCCACCAUAAAGCUUUCAUUUUUAUCAUUACCUACCUGUUCCAUUGUAUAGGGUGUGUUUAUCUUCUCCAAAUGGGUGCUUCUCCCUCUGUUCCUGAGAAAACUGUUUAUGAAUUCACUGUAAAGGAUAUCAAGAAUCAAGAUGUGGACCUUAGUAUCUACAAAGGGAAAGUGUUGCUUAUUGUCAAUGUUGCUUCUAAAUGUGGGUUCACAAAUUCAAAUUAUAAAGAGUUGACUGAGCUUUACAACAGAUACCGAAAGGGUAAAGAAUUUGAGAUCUUGGCCUUCCCAUGUAAUCAAUUCUUGUACCAAGAACCGGGAUCGGGGGAGGAUGCACAUCAGUUUGCUUGCCAAAGAUUUAAGGCUGAGUACCCUGUCUUUCAAAAGGUACGUGUCAAUGGGCCAACUGCAUCACCCCUUUACAAAUUUCUCAAAUCCAAUAGUAAAAGUACAUUUUGGGGAAAUAGCAUUAAGUGGAAUUUCACCAAGUUUCUUAUCAAUAAAGAAGGACAUGUUAUCCAACGAUAUGCCCCAACUACUACACCUUUAGCCAUUGAGGCAGACAUCUUGAGAGCAUUGGGUGAACAUUGUGAUGAAGGUUAAACUAAUUAUAUAUCCAGUUAAUUCAGUCUUGGACAUAGUGAAGCUAUAGGAAUGUGUGAAUGGAACGGUUUUAGGUCCUGUCUUAGUGUGGUCUUGCAACUGUUAAUGGUUUAGCGAUUUUCUAGCAUUUCUAAACUUUAAUGUUUACUGCAGUUUGUGAAUUGUACCUUUACAGUCCGUAUCGGAUGGAAAAGAUUAUCGCUUGAUA